GCUUCACAGGAAUCAUCAGAGAGCAAAACAAUUCUCUAGCUUCCCAAGCAAAAGAUAUAGGAUCACCUACAAUGGCUGGUUGUGGACCUGGCUGCCGUCUUCUUGUCCUCUUACUUGCCUUGACAGCCUUCAAUGGCAGCUUCGCAACUCGCCAUCUUUUGGACACAGCAGCUACGCCAGAGGCCGCACCGGCUCAGCCUUCCAUACCAGCAGUUCCAACCACACUACCUCCGAUGCCUACCAUUCCAGGGGUCCCAAAGGUGACAAUCCCUCCAAUGCCAUCCAUUCCUAUGCCAAAGGUCAGCCUGCCACCAGUAGCCGCUGGCACAAUCCCAUCUCUACCAAAUCCUGCGAUUCCGACCACCGUGCCAACCAUUCCUGCAGUGCCGGUUACCCUGCCACCAAUGCCCUCAAUCCCCACUACUAUGCCAUCCAUUCCAACCACGAUCCCAACGACAAUCCCUACCAUUCCUGGGUUCCAGAUGCCUCCCAUUCCAUUCAUGGCGCCUCCUCCACAAACCGCCAGCCCUUGAAGCUCAUGAUAGCAGGAGACUUCUGUUACUGCUAGUCAGGAAUUGGAUUUGCCAUAUGUGGUCAUUAUCAUUGUGUCAUGUUUGGUCUGCUGUUUGGGUGACACUGGCUAGCAUGUCGUGCGAUAUAUUGUAAAUGCAGCCAGUCGAAUGUACCAUCUUGUCUUCUGUUAAUAAAUUACUACUUGGAUUUUA